ACUGCACGUUGGCUCUGAUUGGACAGUUUCAUAGUUUGGAGGUUGUACGUUUCUAUAGUCAAUGCUCUGGUUUCGUAGCGCAUGGACAAUUUUAAAGUCCACAAGUGUGUGCAUUGGACCCACACAAAGUCCUGUGUGAGUGUCUUGAUCAAAUUAACGUCAAAAAUGUUGUUUUAACGCCGAUUUUACGGUGCGGAGGGGAGUCGCCUGGCGAUGAUGUCACGACGUAUAACACUGACAGCGGUGACGCCUGAUGAUCAUUAAAAACUGCCAUUAAAAUGAGCGCAGAUGAUUAUUGUGUUUACUGAGAGACCCAUAAAGCAACAGCGCAGUGUGCCCGGCCAAAUAACAGAGUAACAGAGACAUCAGGGAGAGAAACAUCUGAUCGGCGUGGCAUCUGUCCGGUCCAUCCAGGGUUUUCCCCCCCUCUACGUGCGGCGGGUCUCGGUCCGCCUCGCCUCCGCUCUUCCUGCCGCUGAACCGGAGGAUACUCGCACCCAGAGCCGCGAUCUGACACUGAACCCCGCGGCCGGAUGUUGAGCUCAAAUCUUGGAAUGGGACUAAUGUUUAACAUGUAAAUUCAACCUCCUGAAGGUUCUGGCCAGUUCAUAUUUUCUUUUUCGCAUUCACAAGCACAAUGUCGAGCAGAAGGAAGUCCACGACCCCCUGCAUGGUGCUUCCGUCAGAUGUCGUAGAGCAAGAUCCUGAUAUGGAGGCCCUGGAAGGGAAUGAAGGAGCCGAGAGUAUGGCAGACGGUCCUACUGAGGGAGCAGUGGUUCCCAUGGAAACAGAGACAGAAUAUGAAGGGAUCCAUUUCUCGAGUGAGGAUUGUCGUUCUUCAGGAAAACGCUCAGGUCAAACACCACUAGAGCAGCCCAUCUCUGAUCUGACCGCUGAGGGUGGUUUUGUACAGACAGAGAUGGAGGAUAGUGAUGACCCCUCAGUUACUGGAAUCCCUCUCAGCAAGACUCCUAUAAUGAAAAUGAAAAGCAAGUCUGAACCCAAGAGAAUAGCUGUGUCUCUAAAAGGCACGAGUGAAAGCGAGGCAGUAACUGAAAGUGAGAUGGAACUGGAGCCAUUGGAAGCGUCAGUGAUGAGCACUUCCAUGGCACCAGAACUCAUGAGCCCAUUGCUCACAGAGUCUGUAAAGCCCAGCGUUCUUGUCAAUAUUUCAAACCCUUUGGUAGCAGAUCAGAAGAAGCUGGUUAUGAACCCUGCGACGGUUCUUCCGGCCGGCUUGGCCCAGGUGCUUUCUGCCUUGCAGGCCCAGCAGAGCGCUCAAACUCAACUUCUAAUACCAAUAAGUAGUAUUCCCACGUAUAAUGCUGCAAUGGACUCCAAUGCAGUCCUGGUCAACACCUACAAGAAGUUCCCCUACCCAUCGGUGUCUGAAAUCAUGGGACUUGCAGCCCAGACCAAGUUCAGUGAGGAGCAGAUAAAGAUCUGGUUUUCAGCUCAGCGUUUGAAGCAUGGCGUUAGCUGGACCCCAGAAGAGGUUGAGGAAGCCAGGAGGAAGCAAUUUAAUGGCACAGUCCACACAGUUCCCCAGACCAUCACAGUUAUCCCAGCCCAUCAUUUUUCCGCCGCUAAUGGCCUGCAGUCUAUUCUUCAGACCUGCCAGAUUGUGGGGCAGCCAGGUCUGGUUCUGACACAGGUUGGCACGGCCAAUAGCCUCCCAGUGACCACCCCAAUAACCCUGACAGUAGCAGGAAUGCCCAAUCAAAGCCAGACGCCCAAGAUCGCAACCAAUCAAACAAGCCCUGCGCUCAGUGAAACUAAAAGAGCUACCACCAUUCAGCCCCCAUCGCUGACCCCUCAGGAGAACUCCGCACUCAGUGCCGAUCACUUUGGCCUGCGGCCUAAGAAAUCCAAGGAACAGCUGGCCGAAUUGAAAGCAAGCUAUCUGAAGAAUCAGUUUGCCAGUGAUGCAGAGAUAGCUAGGCUAAUGAAGUUGACCAACCUCACCAAAGGUGAGAUUAAAAAAUGGUUCAGCGACACCCGAUACAACCAGCGCAAUUCUAAGAACAGCCACGCCUUCAUCGCGAAUGACAAUCCCAGGGGUAGUAGCAGUGCUACCAUCGUAAUCGACUCUAGCGAUGAAACGCCACAGUCUCCGACGCCAUCGCCCAUCAAAGAGAAGGAGACACGCGCCAAGACCUGGAACCCCUUCCCAGAUUUUACCCUGCAGAAGUUUAAAGAAAAGACACCAGAGCAGUUGGUGGUCCUUGAGGAAAGCUUUCAGAAAUGUGACACACCAACUGAUGAAGAGCUCAGCCGGCUGAGGGCAGAGACCAAACUUACCAGACGUGAGAUCGACGCCUGGUUCACAGAAAAAAGAAAAACCCCUGUGCCUGAUUCCUCCGAGUCAAAAGCAGAUGGUGAAACAUCCCAAAAGAAGGGGAGCCAAACUCCACCUGGAGGAAAGAGGCUGAGCAAAGAGAAGGUUACUAAGAAAACUCCCGAGCAGCUCCAUGUUCUGAAGACUGCGUUCGUUCGCACCCAGUGGCCCUCGACGGAAGAAUACGACCAGCUGGCUGAGGAGAGCAGACUGCCUCGUUCCUACAUCGUCAACUGGUUUGGCGAUACACGCUAUGCCUGGAAGAACGGCAACUUGAAGUGGUAUUUUUAUUAUCAAAGUGGAAACGCAGGAGGAACAAAUGGCAACAAAAACAGAAAACGGAGGAUUCGAAAUCGCGGUUGGGGAAGAACCCGUAGUAGAAAAGUGAAGAAGCACACAGAAUUGGAGAAGAAUUUACCAAUCAGGUUCAAGUCUGGACGGGAUAUUCUGAAGGAGUACUACUUGAAGCACAAGUUUCUGAACGAACAGGACUUGGAUGAGCUUGUUGCCAAGUCUAACAUGAGCUACGAGCAGGUGAGAGAGUGGUUUGCGGAGAUUCAUCGGAAGGAGGAAAUGGGUACUAACCCGUUUGAAGAUAAAACGGGAAAUGAAGAACAAGAUGAGGAGGAGGACGAGUCACAUGGUGAAAAUGAGACCGUGGUUGAGGAGCAAGGACCUGCUUUGGGAGAUGAAGAUGGUGAUGAAGAGGAUGGUGACACUGAUGACAGCGAUACCUGGGAGCCUCCACAGAGCGUUCGAAAAACAUUGUCUGUGUCUGAGGGUCAGUGAUCUGUCUGAGUUGGCUUUAUUCUGAGCAAUGACCCUUGGUGAAAAACCAUGACUGUGUUGGGUCUCGACCACGUGCCCUCUACCACUGCACCAAUUCUGUUUAUAUUUCACGUAGUUUCACUUAAGGUUUGACAAGAUCUUUUUAGCGUAAACAUUGAGGAGAACUGUUUUUGUUUAGAAUGUUUGACUACAUUCAAACCUUGAGAAAUCAUGCACAUUAACAGGGUUUGUUUUUUGUGUUUUUUUUCCCUCUGCAGCUCUGAAGUGCAGUGAUAACUCAAGAUCCCUUGAAUAAUAUUAAUAAUGUCAUGCAUACAAUUUGAAGAAUUGAUCAUGCACCUUAACCCUUGCAAAGACAUCCUAAGCCUCUAUAGGGUCUUUUAAAUGGGCUUUUUUUUUUAUUUGGAGUCAAAUGGAGAACACUUAGUGCCAAAGGUAUAGUAUUGAAUGUUAUGGUUCCCUUAAUAAUGGACACAAUAGCUAAUGAAGGGAAUAUGCAUGAAUGCAUUGUGUCAAUUAGACGCAUGAGGCACUUUGUCAACUACCGUGAUUUACGGAACUUAAAAAAUGCAACCAGCCACCUUAUAUGUGUAGGGCGAGACCAAACAUUUCAAAUCGGAUUUCCAAAUUCAGCGACACGAAAGUGUUUUAUCUCUCAUUCCCAGUUUUUUAUUGUCUACAUACUGACCAUGGAUAUCUGAUAUACAGCACAGUACGUCCCAACAGGACGUUCUAGGCGUACCUGUAGUCCUGCUGACUGCCAUUAUGGGGGUCAUCUUCAAACAAUAACAGCUAAUACUCAUCUUGUGGGGAAUGUUACUUUGUGGAAAUGGUUGUAAUAAACAGGUGAUGUGACUAUGUUGCAGUUUUUCAACUGGACGGUUUAAGUAUUUUCUAAAAUUCAAUGGGAACAUGGGGAAUUCCUGUUUUUUGGUUGUUGUUUGCUCAUUUUUGAAGUAAGUUCUCCCUCAGAUUUCUCCUCUACACAGUUCAUAAGCCUGUAGGCAAAGGGGACUUUCAUUUGCUUGACACAUUUUAAUGGAUCAUGUUAAGAAAACAUAAUGCGUAUUUGCCCUAAUCAUGAAGUGUUAUGUUUUCCAUCUCUAUGACUGUUGCAGAAUUUCUUUUGAGGAAUAUGUGUUUCCGGUUUGCAUUAAUAUCUUGGUUUUAUAGGACUAAAUGAAACAUGAACUAUUGAUGAAUAAUUACAGUGUGGGUGUAAUUUGAGGUUGUCUUUUUAUAAUAUUUGUGCAUGAAAACAGCACUAUGACUGGUACUUUUAAUAUCACCCCCUGCGUAAGACAUUCACCAUCUUCAUUAUAUCAGCAUGUAUCUGGCAUUUAGUAGAAUGGAGGAAAAAAGUGUUCAGUUUGUAUAUAUACCUUUAUGCUCAACCAGUAGUUUAAAUCCUUUUAUAAGUUUGUAUUUAUAGCGAUGUUAAAUUUCACCAUUACACGAGUGGGUCUGCGUGUAUGGUGAUCAUUCAAAUAAUUCUUGUGUGAUUUGAGACCUAUAUUUUACAGAUUUUUAAGAGCUCUGUGUUGUGUGUUUUUUUUUUUUUUUUAUGUCCUGGAUUUCUUACUUUUUAGUGAAAAUUCAUUUGACUUGCUUGCAACCCUCUGCAUUUUCCUGUGAAUACUGUAGUGUAUUAUAGGCAAGAGGUUAAAGGUGCCUCUGUGAACAUGGUAAGUACUGUUUGAACAAAAUAGCACAUUUAAACUUAGCAAAAUGUGUCCUCUCCACUGUUAACAACUGAUCCUUACAUGUUUUUUAGAGUUUGAGAGCCUUACUGGGAUCUUGCUUUGAAUGCAUUUUAGUUUAGAAUCAAACCAGUUAUAUGUUGUGCUUCCUUCAGCUGUCACUAAUAGCGUUAAACUACAAUGUUUCAAUAAUGGUCAGAUUCAGAUUAGACUGUCUGUUUCUAGGCUCUGAAAAACAGAUUUUUACAUGCACCAAUAAUAGUAAUACAGAUCUGGAACCAUCAUGGAUUGUGAUGUGAAACUCAUGACGAGCCUUAAAAUCUGUAGAUGCCGCUGUGGUGGCAAAAGCUUUAUUUCCCAGAGCCAUAGGCCUUGUGCAAUGCUUUUAAUUUAAUUGAACGGUUUUAAUAGGCUUUUGCUUGAUUUAGACUAAAUAUAUAUAUUUUCUACUUGUUUGAGGACAACACAAUAAAUUUGGAUG